CCAAUCACAGCCGGCAGUUUUCCCACAUGCCAAGGUGCCAACAUACCCUGCCCCUGCAUCAGAUCUGCGGGUGGGUUUCUAUAACCUUCCCAUCGAAGAGCCUCUUCACCUCUCUCCCUUCCUAGUCCCCCUUGUAUGCUGACAACACAACCAGCCAGUGUUGGCCUCUCCUAAACAUACACAGACACACACUCUCCACUGACCCAAUCACACAAGCAACAACAGGCGUGUCAGCACUCAGCACCAAGGCGGGUAAUGGCCACAAUCCUGCUCCUGCUGCUGCUCCUCGCAUUGCCGCCGCCGUCGGCCGUGGCGCUCAAUUCCGAGGGCCUGGCGCUGCUGGCGUUCAAGGCGGCGGCCACCGACGACCCCUACUCGGCGCUCUCGCGGUGGUCCGAGUCCGACCCGGACCCGUGCCGCUGGCCGGGGGUCACCUGCGCCAACGCCUCCUCCCCCGCCCAGCCGCACGUCGUCGGCGUCGCCGUGGCGGGCAAGAACAUCUCCGGGUACAUCCCGUCGGAGCUCGGCUCGCUGCUCUUCCUCCGCCGGCUCAACCUCCACGGCAACCGCCUGGCGGGGGCCAUCCCCGCCGCGCUCUCCAACGCUUCCUCGCUCCACUCGCUCUACCUCUACGGGAACCGCCUCACGGGACGCCUCCCCGUCGCGCUCUGCGACCUCCCGCGCCUGCAGAACCUCGACGUCUCCGGGAACGCGCUCUCCGGCGAGCUGCCGCUCGACCUCCGCAACUGCCGCGCCCUGCAGCGGCUAGUGCUCGCCCGGAACGCCUUCGCGGGGGAGCUGCCCGCGGGGGUCUGGCCCGAGAUGCCCAGCCUGCAGCAGCUCGACCUCUCCUCCAACGCCUUCAACGGCUCCAUCCCGCCCGACCUCGGCGAGCUCCCGCGCCUUGCCGGCACGCUCAACCUCUCGCACAACCGGUUCUCCGGCGUCGUGCCGCCCGAGCUUGGCCGCCUCCCGGCCACCGUCACGCUCGACCUCCGCUUCAACAACCUCUCUGGGGCCAUCCCGCAGACGGGCUCCCUCGCCAGCCAGGGGCCCACGGCGUUCCUCAACAACCCCGGCCUCUGCGGCUUCCCGCUCCAGGUCCCCUGCCGCGCCGUCCCGCCGCCCACGCAGUCACCCACGCCGCCGGCGACGACGACACCGUUGCCAUCCACCGCGUCCGACCGGCAUCAGCCCAUCAAGACCAGCCUGAUCGCACUCAUCUCCGUCGCCGACGCCGCCGGGGUCGCCCUCGUCGGCGUCAUCCUGGUGUACGUGUACUGGAAGGUCAAGGACCGUAAAGAAAGUCGCGGCGACGACGGCGACAGCAGCAAGAGCGGGCUCUGCCGCUGCAUGCUGUGGCGGCACGGCGGCAGCGGCGACUCGUCGGACGCGUCCUCGGACGACGACAAGGACGCCUCCGGCGGCGGCGACGGCAAGUACAACAGCGGCGCGAGCGGCAGCGAGGGGGAGCUGGUGGCGAUCGACCGCGGGUUCCGCGUGGAGCUGGACGAGCUGCUGCGGUCGUCGGCUUACGUGCUGGGCAAGGGCGGGAAGGGGAUCGUGUACAAGGUGGUGGUGGCGAACGGGACGACGCCCGUGGCCGUGCGGCGGCUGGGUGGCGGCGGCGGCGGCGCGGACCGGUGCAAGGAGUUCGCGUCGGAGGCGCGCGCCGUGGGGCGGGCGCGGCACCCCAACGUGGUGCGGCUGCGCGCCUACUACUGGUCCACCGACGAGAAGCUCGUCGUCACCGACUUCGUCGGCAACGGCAACCUCGCCACCGCGCUGCGAGGUCGGCCGGGACAGACCGUCCUGUCGUGGUCAGCGCGGCUGAAGAUCGCCAAGGGCGCGGCGCGCGGGCUGGCGUACCUCCACGAGUGCAGCCCGCGGCGGUUCGUCCACGGCGAGGUCAAGCCCUCCAACAUCCUCCUGGACGCCGACUUCACCCCGCGCGUCGCCGACUUCGGCCUCGCCCGCCUGCUCGCCGUCGCCGGCUGCGCCCCGGACGGGCCGCCGUCCUCGGGCGGGGGCGGGCUCCUCGGCGGCGCCAUCCCGUACGCCAAGCCGACGGGGCCGGCCCCGGACCGCUACGGCGGCGGGUACCGCGCCCCGGAGGCGCGGGCGCCGGGCGCGAAGCCGUCGCAGAAGUGGGACGUGUUCUCGUUCGGCGUCGUGCUGCUGGAGCUGCUCACGGGCCGGGGCCCCGGCGCCGACCACGCGUCGCCGUCGACGUCGGCGUCGUUCUCGGCGCCCGUGUCGGGGUCGACGGCCACGGACCGGUCCGGCAGCGGCGAGCACGGCGGCGGCGCCGUGCCGGAGGUGGUGCGGUGGGUGCGGCGCGGGUUCGAGGAGGACGCGCGGCCCGUGGCGGAGAUGGUGGACCCAGCGCUGCUCCGGGGCCCCGCGCUGCCCAAGAAGGAGGUGGUGGCGGCGUUCCACGUCGCGCUCGCGUGCACGGAGGUCGAUCCCGAGCUCCGGCCGAGGAUGAAGGCCGUCGCCGACAGCCUCGACAAGAUCGGCUCAUGACAAGCUGAUGCGUUCAACCAUACAGUGUAUAUGCAUGCAUGAAUGAAUCUUCUUGAUAGCACACACGGCUACAGAAGCGAUGCUCACAUGCAAGGUCAUCGGAGUUUUUUUUUUUCCUUUUUCUUUUCUUCUCAUCCCCUUCUCGCUUCCUCUUGUAAUCCAGUUUUUUUCAAUUUUGUUUGCUGUGCUUUCUUGUAAUUGGGUUUUUGUUAUUGUUGGUAAUUCUUUUGGGUCAAUUCAUGAUUUCGGUAAUGGUGUAGGGAGAGAGAAAGAUGUAGGAGAAGGCUGUUCCCAGCUUCAUUUUUCAUCAGUAUAUAAUGAGGGUGUGUAUCUUGUGAAGUUCCGGAGAAGUGCUAUUGCAUUGCAUUAUGUUUGAGUGAUCAAUGAACACUUCUUGAAUUCUCCAGA